ACUGUGAACUUUUACGACGCGUUUUAAAAAACGUCGCGCAGUCGCCGCGCGCGAUUUGUGACUUGUUGUUGUCGGGCCUGUUGCGAAUUUUCAUUAUUAUUUUACAAUGGCAUGCUGGCCGCGUCGCAAUAAACACGCAUUGAGCUUUGGCAAGGGGUAGUGAGCACACACACCCCCUCAUAUGUGCAAUACUAUAAAAGCAUAAUUGCUUGUCGCCUUUGGACUUAAUACGCGCAAGGAAUCAGAGCGCAAAGGUUCCUACUUACCUAAAAAGAAAUAAAUAAAAUAUAAACUAAAAGUGUUACUUCGUCGUACGCACACACACAUACGCACCAAAAAAAGAAAACGAAACGCGCUUGUAUGCUUCUACCUUGGCCUGUGAUGAAUGCCACUUCACCCAAAUCGUCGCUGGUCAAGCUGGGCCUGACCACCAAUAAACAAAAGACGCUAAAGGUCAUGGUGCUGGGUCAAAGCGGUGUUGGCAAAACAGCAAUGGUGGUGCGCUUUAUUACACGCCGCUUUAUUGGCGAAUAUGAUCCGAAUCUAGAGAAAAUUUACACCUGCCAAACAACGCUGGACAAUGAGUCGGUGCAAUUUGAUAUACUCGAUGCCACCGGACAGCUACAGGAGUUAGAUGGCGUUACUCUCGAGGCCAAUAUACGCUGGGCAGAUGCAUUCAUCUUGGUCUACUCCAUCACAGACAAGUGCAGCUUUGAUGAAUGCAGUCGCCUAAAGUUUCUCAUUAACUACAACAAGCGACGCCGUAAAUUAGGUUCGGCCAGCAAGGACUGCGCCCUGGAUAUACCAGUUAUAUUGGUGGGCAACAAGACAGAUCAAACGGGCGAUCGCAUGGUAAACUUGGAAGAGGGACAAAGACGUUUUCGUGAGCUCUCCUGCGCCUGCUUUCAUGAGAUCUCAGUGCGCGAGAGCGUCGAUCAGGUGCAAAAUGUUUUCCGCGAUGUUUUCCGUUUCUGGCGCGUCUUUACCAAAUUUCCAAAGCUCAAACGUUCCACCAGCGAUGUGGCGCAUGCAGCCAAUGGCAUUCUAACGCCCGAUUAUAGCGGCUCUUGUUCCUUUUACGAUGCCACACAUUUGGGUGUAACACGCCGCUCCUUUCUGAUGCUUGGCAAUGCUUGCCAGGAGGAGAGCAAUGGCGAUCAUACCGAAUCCAAUGAUGACAUUGUCACCAGCAGUCUGCAUAGCUCCCGCAGCGAUAUUGAUGCACCGUUUCGUAAUCGCGCCUCAACCGAUGGCACACUACUCUCUAGGCCUAGACGCUGGCGUUAUCCCCCACCCGGUUGUCUCUUGCCGCACACAAAUCGCGUGGAGCGACGCAUGAGCAUCUCUACCAGAGGCAGUAAUGCCAGCUAUUAAGCUACGGCAGCUACGUUAGUCUAAUUAUUGCGCCAAAUAUACAUA